UGCGGCACGCGCGCUAUGCAUGAUGAGCUCGAGAGACAGACGGAGCUUAACCGACUGAGCGCUGAACUUGAGACUGUGUCUCAGUCACGGCUCAAGUCCUUCUCCCGUUUCCGAAUUUUGUUAUCGAGCUCUAAACGUUUUUAUUCUGCUUUAAUAUCCUUGGAUUACACUGAAGAUAAAAGUGUCCCAAGUUUCUCUCCGAGUUGCGUGAGAGAUUGCGCGCGAGAGGAGGAACGUUCAACUGAAUCCAACAUGUCAAUUUUACCGUUCACUCCGCCGAUUGUGAAGAGGCUGCUGGGCUGGAAGAAGGGAGAGCAGAACGGACAGGAGGAGAAGUGGUGCGAAAAGGCCGUCAAGAGUCUGGUGAAGAAGCUGAAGAAGACGGGACAGCUGGACGAGCUGGAGAAAGCCAUCACAACUCAGAGUGUCAACACCAAGUGUAUCACUAUACCACGAUCACUAGAUGGACGGUUGCAGGUAUCUCAUAGGAAAGGACUUCCUCAUGUGAUCUACUGUCGUCUAUGGCGCUGGCCUGACCUGCAGUCUCACCAUGAGCUCAGAGCAGUUGAACACUGUGAGUUUGCCUUCCACAUGAAAAAGGACGAGGUGUGUGUCAAUCCCUACCAUUACCAGCGCGUCGAGACACCAGUUCUUCCCCCAGUGCUGGUGCCUCGUCACACUGAAAUCCCCAGCGAGUUUCCUCCUUUGGAUGACUACAGUCACUCCAUCCCAGAAAACACAAUUUUCCCAGCAGGCAUCGAGCCCCAGAGCAACUACAUACCAGAGACGCCCCCUCCAGGCUAUAUCAGUGAAGAUGGAGAGACCAGCGAUCAUCAGAUGAACCGCAGCAUGGACACAGGGUCUCCAAACCUGUCACCAAACCCUGUGUCUCCUGCCCACAAUAACUUGGAUCUACAGCCUGUGACAUACUGUGAACCAGCAUUCUGGUGCUCUAUUUCAUACUAUGAGCUGAACCAGAGAGUCGGUGAAACUUUCCAUGCCUCCCAGCCCUCUUUAACAGUAGAUGGAUUCACAGACCCAUCCAACUCUGAGCGCUUUUGCCUGGGCCUUCUGUCCAACGUCAACCGUAAUGCUGCUGUGGAGCUCACGCGCAGACACAUUGGCCGGGGUGUGCGUUUGUACUACAUCGGGGGUGAAGUGUUUGCAGAGUGUCUGAGUGACAGCGCCAUUUUUGUUCAGAGCCCCAACUGUAACCAGCGUUACGGCUGGCACCCUGCCACUGUCUGCAAGAUUCCACCAGGCUGUAAUCUGAAGAUCUUUAAUAAUCAGGAGUUUGCAGCUCUGUUGGCCCAGUCUGUGAAUCAAGGCUUUGAGGCCGUGUACCAGCUCACCCGCAUGUGCACCAUUCGCAUGAGCUUCGUGAAGGGCUGGGGAGCCGAGUACAGGCGGCAGACAGUGACUAGCACCCCCUGCUGGAUAGAACUGCACCUGAACGGUCCCUUGCAGUGGCUGGACAAAGUACUCACUCAGAUGGGCUCCCCCUCUAUCCGUUGCUCCAGUGUGUCAUAGGAAAAACUCUCGCUGUCAAACAAGUAAAAAGUUCCUUCAGAAGUCAAAGGCUGAAGACCUUUAUUCCAACCUGCCAACUGGGUCCCACAGCCUUCCUUCAGACUCAGUAGCACUUUCACAUGCAUUUGUCUAUGUGCAUAUAUUCUUCUUUUUAAAUAGUGUUAUUGUUAGCUUAUGUGUUUUUAUAUAUAUUUUUUUUAAAUGUUGCCAUUUGUUAUACAUUUUCUUGUAUAACAUAUAGCAUGUGCAUGUAAGAUCUCUCUCUCCUACGUGAUGCUGUUGUUAGGUACAUUUUUACCAUAACAUGCAUAUUAGAUGCUAGAUUAUUUUUAGAAUUGUUUUUUUUUUUAAAUACAUUAAAAAUGCUUUUGUUUCUAAAGUGAAGUUAUGAGGCUUUUAAAAUCCCAGUUAAAUCCCUGUCUGUAUUUUGUUCUUUGUUUUGGUUUUAUCAAAAUAAUGGAAACUUGGCCCUUGUCAUAUAUUUUAUGUAGUACAUAUCAAUAUGACACAGUGCUUCUCCUCUCUCAUGAGAAUGAAACAGGAUGUCUUUGAAUCCUGGUCAACUCUUCAAAGCAUUUAAUGUCCCUGUCUUUUUGGUAGCAGUGUGUGCAAACACUUAUGCCCAAAUUACUUUUAGACAGUCACACAUUACAUUAGCUAUUGAGUGAGAACACUUUUUUACAAUUCUCUGCAGAGAAUACAAAAAGGCAAACUUUAUUAUCUUCAAAUGUGCACAUUAUGGUUUAUGUAAAACUUGUGUUUUCUAUGCUAAUAUAUCUAUGUUUGUUUAAAUGUUUGGGGGUUUUGUACAGGUUUUGAGCUAUGAGCCUCAGUUUCCUCCUACAGCAGAGGUCCAGUUGUAUUGUUUUACAUCUCACAUAAUGGAACCAUGCUACGCGUGUGUCUUUAAGUAUGUGUGCAGUUUCCGUUGCAACCAUCCUCUGUGCGUACAUGCAUGUGUGUGAUUCUGUAGUCUCUGCUCUACAUACAAGUAUAAUUUUGUCUAUAGUGAAACCUCCGUUUCUUUCUCUGCACAGUGUCAGUGGUUUCUGUAUGUUUUAAGUGAAUUAAUGUGAAAUUAAUACGGAGUUUAAGGAUUUUUAACAUUUGCAUGUUUUGUAGAUGUCAUUGUUCUUGGAUGAGGAACUCAAACAAGCUAUGCAGAUUGAGUGAUAUGUUUUGCAGCUGUUCUACAUCAAUUUAUCAGCUUUGGAAAAGGAAAAGAAAUUCUUAAAAGUUUUGUUAGAUUUAGAAAAAUCUUCAAUGGGCAUUACAUAUUUUACACUUCAGAUCAUAUAAUGUUUGCGUUUAAUUAUUUUAUGUUGUGCAGAGUUUUGAAGGUUCAUUACAAAAGUUGAGACUGUUCUGUUUGUGUACAUCUGUGCAUCUGCAUGCAUAUCUGCAGCUCCUAAUGUCCUCUUUAAAUCCUCCAGAAAUUAUACUGAAUGAGUGUGCCUUUGCAUCAACUCACACAGCACAGUGUGUACAUAGUAUAUUAGAGAAUUCUACACAGGCAGUUAUGCAUAUUGUUAAGUGAAAGGGUUGUGAUCUUUUCUGUGCUAAACUUGUAAAUAUGUCUGAUAUUUUGAUGAUGCAUGCCUAUUUCCUAAAGUUCAUGCAAUUUGUACUGUAGACUCCAUUUUGCUACCAAAUAUUUUUUAAGAAAAGGGACGGGCAAAGAAAAUGCUCUCACCUCCAUGUUUGUAAUCACUUAAAGGGGGCAGUACUGCUGGCAGGUUUUUUGUAAGGUUAACCCUGUAUUUUGUCAGAUGCUCAUACGAUAUGGAGAAGGGCUUUAAGAAGGGAAAUGUUUUGUCAUAAUGGGCUUUGUGAAAGCCAGAUCCUGUACAGUACUUUGUUAGCAGUUCUUUUUGGUGCGCUUGUAACAAGGAGCAAGCUCUUUACAUGCCUUUUUGAAAUUUAAAGGUGUUCGUAUGAAGGUAAAAUAGUGUCUAAAUGAUUUUACAUUUCAUAUAAGAUUUGUGAAAGUGUAAAUCAAAAUAAAUUGCAUACAGAAUGUUUGGUAAUGAUGUAAAUCAAGUUGAAAGCAUUAGGAAAAUAUAUUAGCAAUACUUACACGCUUUACAUAAGUAAUUCAUGUGUUGUGAAUCUGAAAUUUCUUAUUAACACAAAGUAAAUUUGCAUGUAUUAUUCUGACUUUUUUUCGAACUUACACUUUUGCCACUGUUUUUGUGCCUAAACAUGUCCAAAAACAUUGCAAACCUGCAAUCAGCAGCAUGUAAGCAAAGAGAGUUUUGCAAGUGCAUGUGGGAAUAUAUUCCAGAAAUAAUAUGAUAUACACUGUUCCGUCUUCCCUUUUGUUGCGCUCACACUUUUGGCAUGAAUUUCUCACUGGAUAGUUUUCAGUGAGAAGGCAGGUCUACCUGCUUCUAGUAACCAAUCAAAUGAGGUUUUCUGUGACCAGUUUACUCUGACCUGAUUGGUUUAAUAAUAUGACUGACAGCUUCUUCAUAAGGCACAGCAUCAUUCCUCUGGGUAUCCUCUCUUAAAUAUUAAACAGAAAUAUUAAUACAUGCACGACUUAAUUAUAGUUACCAUUAAUUAUCAUUGGCAAGGCAUUUUGGUGAAUAGAUGGAAUUAGCUGGUAUCAUAGAACUCAUGCUAGAAAACAAAUGAAGUGAGCCUUAUAAAACAAAACUCUGUGAACAGAUAGUUUACUUAUACAUUUUGUUUUUAGAAUGAGUUCAUUGAUACCAGCAAGUUCCAUCCAUCCAUGCAUUAGCCUUGCCAAUGAUAAUUAAAAGUAAAUAUAAUAAAUAAACGGUGUCUGCUUAACUGUAUUCUCACAAUAAAUGUGUAUGUAUUAAUAUUUCUGCUUUAUAUUUAAGAGAGGAGAAAUAUCCAGAGGAACGAUGCAGAGCCAUAUGAAGAAGAAGCUCUCUGUCGCGAUAUUAAACCAAUCAGGUCAGAAUAAACUGGUCAAGGAAAACCUCAUUUGAUUGGUUACUAGAAGCAGGAAGACCUGCCUUCCCCCACGUGCUUGCAAAACUAUCCAGUGAGAAAUUCAUGCCAAAAGUGUGAGCGCAACAAAAGGGAAGACGGAACAGUGUAUAUCAGAUUAUUUCUGGAAUAUAUUUAUGCCACAAACACAAGUCAUUUACACUUCUGCAGUAGUUUAUUUUACACAUACACACUGAUUCUACACUGUCAGUCCGUUUAGCUGUUUAUGAUACCCUUUCUUUGCUUAAAUAUUGCUUAAAUAUUUUGGCCAUGUUUAAGAGUACAAACAGUUGCAAAAAGUCUGAAGAAUGCACGCCAAAUUUACUUUGUGUUAAUACGAAAUUACAGAUUAACAACACAUGAAUUACACUUAUUUUAAUAAGCAAAGCAUUAAAAUAUUGCUAAUAUUUGUUUCUUGUGCUUGCAAAUUGAUUUACACCUUCACAAAACGUUCUGUGCGCUUGCCAUUUGAUUGACUCUUUUACAAAUCUUACACUGUGCAUGCAAAUCAUUUAGGCACUAUUUUACCUUCAUAUGUUCUAAUGUGUUGUAAAGGAGUCAUGAAGUUUAGAAAGUAGCUGUUAGGUGCAUCAUGAACUUCAAAGACAUUAGAAAAGAUGUAUGACAUCUGUGAGCAUAAAUGUCCAUAAGGAAUGUUGUGUGAUUUAAAAGCUCUGAAACUUUACUUUGAUAAAGUUAGUGUGUUAUUGUAUGACUAGGAUUGUUUGACAUGUAUUUAUAACAUCUUCAUGUCAUCUGGCAAGGACAACAUAGAAGGUACUGAUAUUAUUCAGGAAAUGAUUUAUUGUCUAUCUAAGCAAACAUUAACUGUUUUCUUUGAGAGGAAAAAAUCAAAUCUCAUUUUCUCAACAAAUUGUUGAAUCUAUUUUAAGUAAUGUGCAUUCAUUGUGCUUGUGUUAACCUUUCACAUUCAGUGACUUUGUGGCCUAGUGGUGAUUGUUGUGCUUGACAUUUGUUAGAUUUAUUCUUUGUAUAAGUAUAUAAUCUUUAUUAUUUCUCUCCAUCCUUAAAGUUUGUCAAGAGAAGAAAAUUAUUGUUUGCUAUUAUUGUACUUUUAAUAAAUAUGUCAU